GAAUACAUAAAAGAGCAAAAAAAGACUAAAAACUUGAUUAAACCCCACCACUACUGCAUUUUAUUACAACUACGAAAAAAGAAGAUUAAGCGUUGGAAGAUGGCUGGGAAUGAUGGUUCAUGUGGAAGAAAAGGUUCAAUAACUCAUGUAAUCUUUGACAUGGAUGGCCUUCUUCUAGACACCGAGAAAUUCUAUACGGAGGUCCAGGAGAUUAUACUUGCUAGGUAUAAUAAGACUUUUGAUUGGUCACUCAAGGCAAAGAUGAUGGGAAAGAAGGCGAUAGAGGCUGCCAGGGUCUUUGUUGAAGAGACAGGAAUAAGUGAUUCGCUUACAGCUGAAGAUUUUCUUGUAGAGAGAGAGGAAAUGUUGCAGAAUAUGUUUCCCACAAGCGACCUAAUGCCAGGGGCCAGCCGCCUGAUUCAUCACCUUCAUGAAAAUGGGAUACCAAUUUGUGUUGCUACGGGUACUCACACGCGGCACUUUGAUUUGAAAACUCAAAGACACAGUGAGCUGUUUUCGCUGAUGCAUCAUAUCGUCCGUGGUGAUGAUCCAGAAGUUAAACAAGGGAAGCCCUCACCUGAUAUAUUCCUUGCAGCUGCAAACAGAUUUGAGGGUGGACCGGUAGAUUCACAGAGGAUUCUUGUAUUUGAAGAUGCGCCCUCUGGUGUCCUUGCAGCCAAGAAUGCUGGAAUGUCAGUGGUUAUGGUUCCAGAUGCAAGGUUGGAUAGUUCAUAUCAUCAAGUUGCUGAUCAAGUUUUGACUUCUUUACUUGAUUUCAACCCAGCCGAUUGGGGUUUGCCGCCAUUUAAAAAUGCAUCAACCAAGUUAGAUUAGUUUGAUGAUGAUAUUUAAGUUCCCAAAUGGAGCCUAUAUAUUCAGAGUUUUGGGGUUUGCCUCCAGUUGGUAUUCAUAUAUUGUUCUGCUUUACUCAUUAUUUUGGCUGUUAAAAUGGAGAGAUUGAGGAUUCGUUGUAUUGCAACUCAUGUAUGCUCAGCAUGAUACUGUCCAGAAAAAAAUUUCAUCCGUUUCAA